AUGACGUUGCCAGUAGUGAUUGCGCUCUAUCGGACGUUACUGCGGUCGACGCAGACACUACAGCGUCAAGUAGAAGCUGGUCAGUCGUUAUUUAAUGCUGUCCGCUCAGGUGCUGUGGCCUCGUACGCUGGUAUCAAGAGCGACUGGCAGCGUGAGCGCAUGUUUGUGCGUCGCUUGGAAGAUAUGGCAGUGUUCACGCGACGAAGACAAGAUAACAGGGCGUAUGCUGCUAUUGUACGCUCUGGGUUUUCCCAACCAGUGGGAAAUAAGGACAAAGCGGCUCUUGACGCCCGAAUUGACGCUGCCUUUGACGCGCUAAAGAGUGUAGAUGACCACAAUGCAUUAAUCCAUGAGUUUAAGACUCAUGGGCUUUUUGAACCCAAGGAACGGACAAAUGCAAUUGAGUUUUUGAUUGGCGAUGUGGUAGAAGUGAAAGAAAAGAAGCGAGGAGUGAUUUUCGCGUGGCAUGUGAUUACUGAUACAGAGCAACCAGCUGCCCGUCCUCGGAUUGUAUACGAUGUUUUGCCUCAUAGUCCUGGAUUUAGCUUUGCUAGUAAGUUAUGUGACGUGCCACAAGAUGAGAUACGACUGGAUCAAGCGCCAAAGGCUGUUGUGCACCCGGCAUUGUUGCUUUAUUUCGACGGAUUUGAUGGUACUCACCACAUUGCGUCUGAAGCUUUGGCAGCCAGAUAUCCAGGCGAUGUUGCUGCAAAACCUAAAGAAGACGCGGCUGUGACUAUCGUUACCCCGUCGAUCAUCCAACUUCAAUCUGCCAACGAAGGCGAACUAUUGACGUACCUGCGCUGUGACGAUAGCACGAUUGUCCAGUUUGCUGUGGCUGGUCUCGAGGGAAUGUGGCUUGGUGAGUAUGGAUCGAGUGCCCAAAAUGACGUCCAGCGCGCUGUGGAGCUUGCAACGCAGAAGAAAUGGGAUGAAGCUCGCGAGAUGCUGCAGCAAGUAGUGCACGACUUUUCCGAGUAUGCGUAUGCAUGGAACAAGCUUGCCAUGGUGGAGUAUCAGUGUGGUAAUUUUGGCAAAGCGCUUGGCCACUACGAAACUGCGGUCCAAUUGAAACCACAACUUGUCGAGGCUCUUGUAGGUCUCGGGAUGUGCGCUACAAGGCUUCAACGAUGGAGUGUCGCGCAUCGCGCUGCAGUACAAUUGCUAAAAGUGCAACCAAACAGCGACAUUGCCCGGAUGCUGAUUGAACAAGCUGUUUAUGCUACGCUGUAG